UCUUAAUGAGAUCUAUCACUUCCGGUCUGGAACUGCUUUUACAGAAGUAGAUCUUAUAAACAGUACUGGACUAAACUAAAUUAUUAAUUGAUCGUUGCUUUCAAAACAGUCUCGCAUUUAAAGACUCGCUUUUAAUAUAUGGUGAAUACAGUAACGUUAGUCUUAUAGUAAAUAUUGCGAUAGUUGUCGAAGAUGUUAGGACUGGAUCUGUCAACUGGUGUGGAUGGUGUGGUCGAAAAUAUCGAAAAACUCCCCAUAGACUUGUUUGCAGAGACGGUAAGAUGUGUAAUUACAUGGUCUGGCCAUGUACAAUGGGAAGAAAAUCAUUACAACUUCAGUCAAUCCUGGUUCACCUUCAGGAUCAGAACAGAGCAGUAGAUUUGAUUGAAACCUGUGAUAAAUUUCAAAGAGUUGGUAUAAACCUUGAUCAGAAAGCUGUUCAAGAUAUUAUAAAACUGAUGACAUACUAUUUUAGGUUAGCUGCAAAGAGCAAUCUUAGUGCGGAUGUCUUGGUCAGUAAAUUGACUGAAUGCAGCAGCAAAUGGUCCAAACCAACUCUACAGUUGGUGCACCAGCUUUGGACUGAACAUGGUGCUCUUCUACAUGCACAUCAGGAGGUCCUGACAAUGGCUAGUAUAGGACAGCUUGUAGAUAUCCAGUGGAAGCUUGGAAUGGCAGUGAGCUCAGAUACCUGCCGAUCCCUCAACUCCCCGUUCAUCUCUGUUCUGAUGAAAAUUGCGGACACAUCAGGAGAGAUGUCAUAUAAAUCCUUUGAGAUGACAGUUCAGCAGUUUCAGAACUUCUACAGGCAGUUCAAGGAAAUGGCUUCUGUUUUGGAGACGGUUUAAUAUUUUUCUGCAAGCGAUUUUUACAGCAGAGAUUCUGAACCAUUUUGUCUGUGACCAAAUAUUUACAUACAAGUACAGUAUUUAACAGUUUAACAAUGUAAAUUUGUUGAAUUUUGCACUGAGCUUUUAUUUUUGUUCUACUGUGACAGUAGCUACAAGAUUAAAA